ACAACUUUCUAUGAACAGUGACAAAAUAUUUUUUCAAGUGAAAAGCAAGAACAACAAAGGUCAAUAAUGGUAGUACUAAUACUAUUUUCAAAGAACAAUAUAGAAUCUUGACAUAGCAGAUCAAGAAAAUGGAACUUACCAUAAAGAAAACUAAAUGGAUGGUUCCUUUAGCUUUUGCCCUUUUAAUCUCUUUUUUCUUAAUCAUUUUCACUCUUUCAACUAAAACCCCAUUUCAGAAAUCAUCCAUUAAAGCUAAAGUUCCAAUCUUUGUUGAAUCUAAACUACACAUACCUUCUACUAGACCUAUUUCAACAAUACCCAAAUUGGCAUAUUUGAUUUCUGGUUCAAGUGGAGAUGGGGAGAGCUUAAAGAGGACAUUAAAGGCUUUGUACCAUCCAUUGAACCAGUAUGUUGUACAUUUAGACCUUGAAGCACCAGCUGAUGAGAGAUUAGAGUUAGUGAACUUUGUAAAAAGGGAACCUUUAUUUGUUGAAGUUGGGAAUGUGAGAGUAGUGGUGAGAUCUAAUUUGGUUACUUAUAGAGGACCUACUAUGGUUAGUAAUACACUUCAUGCUGCUGCUAUUUUGCUUAAAGAAGGUGGUGAGUGGGAUUGGUUCAUUAAUCUUAGUGCUUCUGAUUAUCCUUUGGUGACACAAGAUGAUUUACUUCAUACUUUUUCGACCGUGCCAAGAGAACUUAAUUUUAUUGAGCAUACAAGUGACAUUGGAUGGAAGGAAUACCACAGAGCCAGGCCUGUAAUAAUUGAUUCAGGGUUUUACAGCCUGAAUAAAUCAGAUCUUUUCUGGAUCCCGCAGAAAAGGAGUAUGCCAACAGCAUUUAAACUAUUCACAGGCUCUGCUUGGACGAUGCUCUCUCGCCCCUUUAUGGAGUACCUUUUAUGGGGAUGGGAUAACCUCCCAAGGAUAGUCUUAAUGUACUACGCCAACUUCCUUUCAACGCCUGAAGGAUAUUUCCACACUGUCAUAUGCAAUGCAGAAGAGUUCCGGAACACUACAGUGAAUCACGACCUUCAUUUCAUAUCCUGGGAUAACCCUCCAAAGCAACAUCCACAUGUUCUAACUCUUAAGGAUUACAAGAACAUGGUCGACAGCAAUGCAUCAUUCGCCAGAAAAUUCCGCAGGAAUGAACCAGUGCUUGACAAGAUUGAUUCUGAGCUCUUGGGGCGCAAAGUCGAUGGUUUUGUUCCUGGUAGUUGGUUUGAUGGUGGGGAUGCAAACUCUACCAUCUCACAGUAUAUUCUAAGAAAUAUAACUUCACUGAGACCUGGACCAGGUGCACAGAGAAUGAAAAGUCUUAUUUCUAGUUUGUUGUCUGAAAAAGAUUUUAGCUCAAAGCACUGCAUCUAGUUCUUGACUGGUUGCAAUUCGCGUGCUAUAAUGGAAAUCUCUUGGUUGAAUAACGGAUCAGUUGAUCGUUGCUUACUUCCCUCGAACGAUGUUAUAAAUGGGGAAUGGAGCAGCUAUACUUAUAUACUUGCUAUAAGGUUAAGAAAGGAGUAGAAAUGUAUGGUUUAUAGGUGUAUUUUUUCUUCUUCUUUUGAGCAAUUGCUUGUAAUUUUUUGUUGGCCAAAUGGCUGAUGGGAUGUUACUAUUAGUGAAUGAGGCACAUUCUUGUAAGAUAUGAUUGAGUCUAUAACAUAAUACAUUCAAGAUUUUAAACAA